AGUUCAAAGUUUUUGCACAAUUAUCUCGGCACUCUCCAAUACAGUUUACAGCUUAUAUUGCACACUUGUAUAUACUGUUUGUUUGCUUGUUUGAUUUUAUUAUAUUACAAUGUUAUCUUUACUACUUUUCCCUUCCUUACUGUUCUUGCACUGAUGGUGAUGCUUAAAUCUCAUUGUACUAUGCACAAUGACAAUAAAGCCAUUCUAUUCUAUUCUAUUCUAUUCUAUUCUAUUCUAUUCUAUUCUAAAACUUUUACUGUCAAAAGUUUAAUUAGACAAACUGAGCAGUGUGUGUUUUAGGUCUUAGCUUGUACAACUUUACUGGUAAUUUAUAGUUUCUUUAAUAUAAAUAAAUAUAUUUAAAAAAAAUAGGAAUAACUGAAACUGAAAUUCAAAUUUGUCAGUGAUGACACAGAGGGGUAGAAAUUGCCCAAUUAUAGUUUGCUGUGAGCAGGCAGCAUCCUAUGUUCACAUUUAUGUAAAGGGCUUGCCUUAAGGAUAUCACAGGCCAAAUGUCCCACAAAAGGUCAGCCUGUUAAGGAAACACAGUUCAUGGUGUAAAGAGCAGCGUGGGCCGUGACACUGUGCCCGCUGUUACAGAAAUGUUCCUCCUGAGGCACUUUUAAUCCAAUGCAAUCUUCAUCAUCAACCAAUUGAUGCAGAUAUUUGUACUUUGUUAACCAACUGGGAAGAUUAGAAGCACAAGUUCUACUAAACUUUGGGGGAAAAAAGUUAAAAGAUGAUAGAUUUCACAAUAACAUGCAUUUACUAUAAACUUAUUUGAUAACGCAUCACUGUACUUUGAGUUGAAGAAUACAAUGUUUAGUAUUUCUCUGUAUUUUAACUAAUCCUUAUUCACAACUUUCUUUUGUUUAGCAUCCAUGAUAAUUUGCAGAAUGACAUAAAUCAUGAAUUUUCAAACAAGCACACUUUUAUUAAAAAUCUAAGGCCUUUUAUAAUGUAACAGUGUUUCUCAUUUUUUUUAUUGAAAAAAAAAUUCUGUAAUUUUAAGACUAUAUUUAUUGAGCGAUAACUCUGGUGUUGAUAUAUAAAUAUAUAUAAAAAUAUGAGAACAACUUUGACAGACAUUUGACAGAGAUUUUUACGCCGGAUGCCCUUCCUGACACAACCCUGUAUUUUCAUCCAGGCUGGGUAGCAGCACAGGGAGACCCAGACUUUGGCCCCCUUGUGGCUACAAAGCUAGGCAGCAGCGUGAAGGUUUUUGCCUAAGGACCCACACUGGAUGAAGCCCAUCGCACCCCUGGGAAGCAGACCCUGGUGUACUCCAGCCAACGAAGCCAUUCAGCCACUUGUGAAUUAAAAAAAAAAAAAAAAAAAUCUGCCUUAAAAAUGAAACAAAAAGAGAAAGGAAAUAAUGGUUGACAAUCGGAACAAGAUAAACCGUCUAGCUUGAUUCAUUUUUUUAUCUUUGAUGUUUCGCAGACAAAGAAGUUGCAUCUGUAGACAUAACAACAGCUUCCAGUUAAUAUGAAGCACACUGUUAAAACACUGCAAAUUUACACCGAAUCACUAAACUGCAGUGUAUUAUCUUUAGAUAUCUGCAAAAUUUUUAUAUAGCAGUUCAGAUUUUUGUAGAUUAACCUUGGUUAUUCAGAUGUGGACAAGUUUUCCAGAUGUCCAUGAAGUGUUUUAGUUUAUUGAAUGAGUGGUAAGUUUAAAUAGUGUGGACGGCAGAAAGUGGUUCCAGGUGGAAAUAGGAAGAUGCACCUGCUAUGUCUCUCUCAUUCCCGUUCCAUCUACCUCCCUUCCCGUAAACACCUCCCCUGCUCUGUGCCGAUCAUUUGCUUUAGGCUCCCAUAAUGAGCAUUUCCUCACCCCCUGCCACCUAUUCUCUAACUCUCUCCCCCCUCCACUCUGCAUGAAGAAUUGGAGAAGCUUAUCGCCUAGCAACAACAAUUAAAGUACAACAAGUCAGUGGCAGCAGCCACCAUUGGAGCAAGCUUUCACAAACCUUUCGUGUGACCAGCAGCUUUAGAAAAAAAAAAAAAAAAAGCAACGAAAGAGUUACAGAGGCAGGCGCAGAGCGGAAGAGUUGAAGUUGGACAGGUGAACAGCAGUUAGCGGCGGUCGUCUUUGAAACACCACAGUGAGGAUUUGGGGUUUGGGAAAUAAGAGAAACGCAAGACAGUGUGAUGUCAGACUCCACAGAGUCUUGGCUCUGCUGAUCGAAAAGAGAAUCAGCAUAAAAAAUCAGAGUCAGGAAUCUCCAAAUUUACUCAUCGUCUGUCUCUGAAAGAACGUUCAGCUAAAACUGAGAAGACUUCGUCAAGCAGACCGUCGUCCUACAGGAGACGAUCUCUUAGUGUGGACUGGGCCGACACCGCCAAAAUGACGCAGCCCAUGAGAGUAGACCAGGCCAACCAGCCGGCUUCUGCUCGCAAGUCAGCCAGCUUGUCCUCGCCAAGUGCAGCUCGCCGUCUAUACCGCAAUUUGUCUGGAAAGUUCCGCGUGGGCACCAACCCCCCUGUUCUGGAGGACAGUGUGGUGUCAGGACGGGGAGGGGACAAGGAGAGGCUGCGUAAAACCACCAUCUUUCAGAGCAAUGAAGCUUUGUUUGAGGCAGUGGAGCAUCAAGAAUUGGACCUGGUCCAGCUGCUUCUGUCCCAGUACAGUUUGGAGGAGCUGGACCUCAACACUCCAAACAGUGAGGGCCUCCUGCCUCUUGAUAUCGCCAUCAUGACCAAUAACGCACCCAUGGCCAAGCUUCUGCUGAGAGCUGGUGCCAAGGAGAGUCCUCACUUUGUGAGUCUGGAAGGUCGAGCAGUGCAUUUAGCUACGCUAGUGCAGGAGGCUGAGCAAAGAGUUUCAGAGCACGAGGCCCAGGUGCGGAAUGAGGGUCUUGGUGAACGAGAUGGAUCUGACCGCGAAAGGCAACUCAAAGCUUGGGAGUGGAGGCUGAGGCUUUUCCGACGGAUGCAAACGGGCUUUGAGCAUGCUAGCCCCCCAGAUGUUCCGAGUGAAGUUCAUCUGUCUGUCAGCAGUAGCAACAGUCUACAGGUUGACUUCCAGGAACCUUUCUGUGUCAACUCGGCCGUGGUUACCAAGUACAAAGUGAGUUGGAGCAGUGCACCUUCUUUUAGUCCUAUAUUGGGCGAGAUGAUUGUGGAUGACACCAGUUUGCUGCAGUGCCACAUAACAGGACUAACAUCUGGGAUUUACUACUACGUACAGGUGUCGGCCUACAAUAUGAAAGGAUGGGGGUCACCAAAGGUUUCCACUCCAGUUUGUGCUGCACCUUCCAGUUGGAGGGACAUUGAUGGGCGCGCACCACGUCAAAGAGGCCAGAAGGAGGCUCUUGAUCAUCUACUUGGACAGAUAAAGGAUGCUCACCGCAACUGUGUCUGCCAUGAGCCCUGCAAAGCUCCAACUCAAGGCAGGAAGCACUCAGUGUCCAAAAGCCUCCGGCAUCUCUUCCAACCCACCAGUAAAUUUGUCAAAAGUCUAAAAAGAGGUCUUUAUGUGGCCUCCAUAUUCUAUAAAGAUGACAGCAUUUUGGUGACAUCAGAAGACCAGAUUCCUAUUGUGGAGAUUGAAGAUUCUUACUCCAGCUCACUCAUGCAGGAUUUCCUCUGGUUCACUAAGGUGUCCUAUCUAUGGGAUGAGAUUUCUUGGCUGCAGCAGUGCCUGGGUCCAUCCCAGUCAUCUUGUUCAUGUACUUUGCAGACACGCAUCAAAAUGUUGCAGGCCAUCUCCCAGCUGCAGGGAAUGCUGGGAAUCCAGAACCUUGGCCAUUUUUAUUAUGAGCCAAUUAAGGACAAACAUGGUAACGCUCUGCUGGUGCUCCUAAAAGAUAUGAAGGCCGGUCCAAACCUGGACGGAGUACGCUGGAUGCCACUUUCUAAACUACAGCUACAGCGCAAGUCCAUCUCAUCCCCAGAGGAGCCCACUGCCUUGGACAUGCUCCUUAUCACACUCCACGAGAAGAUGGCAUAUCAUAGGCGCAGCAGGAAGCUUUUGUCUCCCGGUUUGUACUUGGGCUACCUGAAGUUGUGCACAUCAGUGGAGCAGAUAAGAGCACUGGUACCUCAGAAACUACCCAACAUCCUCUGCCACACCAAAAUCCGGGACAAUAGUAAUGUAUCAAGAGAGGAGUGGCAGUGGCUUCAGGCCCUAAGCUCUCUGGAUGAGUCCCUGGAAAUGGAUCAUGAUGUGCAAAGUGCUCCUCAUCGUCUUCUUCACGACCUGCGCAGCGCCAUCAAAACCUUUAUGGCUCACAUCAAUGUUCCUGGAAAUCAGGCACAGGAUUUCCGUAUUUACAGCCAGGAGGUGUUGGAGUUUGGGGAGAAAGUGUCCUUCCUGCUCCUUUUACCACCUUCAGAUGAAGUCUGCACAGCUCCUGGUCAGAAUAACCCAUAUUCUCCCCGCUCAGGCUUCCUCACCCUGCCUCUGCAAAUCUUCGAACUCAUUCACUUUAACGCCUAUUGCCCCAGUUUCAUCGGCCAGUACUGCAGAGUGUCGGCUUUGCUGGAGCUGGAAUCGCUUAUGUCCCAGCAGGCACUUCGAGAAGCCUUCUCUGAAGAUGAGCUGCUUGCUGCCAAGAAGAAACAUCAGCAAGUUCAAGAGCACAUGCAGCAAAUGGAGGAUGUCUGGCGGGAUGCAAGGUGGAUAAUGGAUGCCUUGCAAUAUGCUCGCUACAAGCAGCCAACAGGAGGCAUCUUCAUAAGCUGGAUAAUUGACUUCUCUAAGGAGGUGAUGCCAGAUAAGCCUCCCUCCACCUCCUCUCAGCCAGACUUCAUGCCUUCUCCCAUGCCUUCCCCAGAGCACUGCCACAAACUUUCAGAUUUUCCGGGUUUGUCAGACGAGGAAGGUUCCUCUGAGGUUUUCCUCACCACAGACAGCGACUAUGAUUCCAGUCGAGCUCAAAGUCCUCGUGAGCUGGAUCUGUUAUCUCCGUCACCUCUGUCGUCCUCUGGAGCUUUGGAGACCCGAGGUUUACUGCGCAGUGACGGGAGUGGUUCUGGAGGAGUGAGUGGACAUGGAGGGGGAUCUCUGCGAGAUUCCACACCAGACGUCCUCCAGGCCUCUGAGUCACAGCUUGGAAGGGAAGGUGAGAGGUGCGGCGGAGGAAUUCGGUGUGGAGGAGAGAGGCGGAGGGGAGUCCCGGAGCUCUUUGACAGUGACUUCAUCCUUCCCAGCAGGCAGAUCGAACUGCUGCACAUUACAGAGAAGAGGCAGGCUUUCUGUGUGAGAACCAGUAGCCUGGAGUUCCCCUCCUCCACGUCAUCACACCACCAACCUCACUCCAACCACACCACCUGCUCCCCACCCUCCACCUCACCACAGCAAAGAUGGCAUAGACCCUCAUCAGUGGACCGCUGCUGUUCUAACAAACGCUGUCAGCCUCUCCCACCGGCACGUACAUUAUCACAGGAUAGUGGCACUCAGAGACUCUCCUCACCAUCUUCUGCUGUUCUCAAAAAAGGCUGCCAUGCCACACUGAGAGUGUACCCGCAGUAUCGCACAGGUCUGCCAAAGGAGACCAGUGUUAAGAUUUGCAUAACUCCAAGCACAACUGCACGGGAGAUGGUACAACUGGUGGUGCAGGAGAUGAACACAGUCUGUCGGCGCAUGCUGGGGAGCAGCAAGGGCAGCAUCGAACAUGAGCAGUGUGUUUACUACAGUCCUGAACAGAUGAAGCACUUUGGUCUCGUGCUGGUUGUGGACAACAGAGAGAAGUGGCUUCAGGACGACUUCUGUCCCCUGGAGCUCCAAAACCCCUGGCAGAGGGGGAAAUUGUGUGUUCGUAUUAAAGAGUAUUCACCACUAGCACUCAAACACAGCCGGGCCACCACAGUGUGACUCUUCCACUAGCAAGCCAGGGAGGGCAAAGUAUUGAAAAAAGGGAGCCUUUUGUAGUUUGUUUGUUUUUUGCAUCAGCAUCUCGGCUUUAACACUCACUCCGAACAGUAGGUUUGACCCUGUCUAUGAGCACCAGCCCCUCAGACUGACACCAAAAGGAGAAAGUGGAACAUAGAUAUGUUCUAUUUGUCAGAAAAUUCAAAAGCAGGGGGAAAAAAAAGAGGUUUCUCAUUUCUGGCAUGUCUGACAUGAUAAUAUUGGGUGGUGCAUUCUGCCAAACGGCAUGAACACUGUAAUACACAAUUACACACAGUAAGGGCUUAUCAUCUAAAUUAUCACAUCGUGUCAUUCCCAAAGAGUUAUUGGCCUCCAAAACUAUGAAAGUGGGCUUUGAACGGAAGAGAAGAAUAGAUAACAGCAAAGAAGUGGCUGAUGUUGCCACCUGGCUGCAAAAUUUAGCUUAAUAAUUGUCCCAUUGGCCCUCACUUGACUACCUUUGACCAUUAUGCUCUCUGGUACCAGUAAGCUCAGUGAUAAAGGAAGUGUAAUGACAUUAACUUUCUGGUGCUCUUUACACCAUCAAAUCCUUUGUAUUGUAGACUCAGUCUAGUGUAGCUGACUGUUAUGAGUACGUCGUGUUGUAAAGAAUUAGAUUAAGCGACUAAGUUGGAUUUUCAAACCAGAAAAAGCAAUAUUUUCUAUUUUUUGGUUUCAGCCGGUUUGCUGAGAAUAGCAUGUAAAACUUCCUAAAUUGUGCUGAGUACAUUUGAUGUACUGUAGUCAAACUGUAAAACUGUUAAAGUUUACCAGUUCAGUGUUCUGUUGUCCAAUAUUCCUUUAGUUCUACAACCAUGCCAUCAUCCACAACCUGUCUCUUCAAUAGAAAGGAUGUCUGAAAUUGGUAAGAGGCCCAGCACUUCUCAGCAAAGCAACCCAAACUUUUUGUAAAAUGAAAAAAGGAUACAAGAUAUUUUGCCCUUUUUAAAUGUUUUUCUUUUAAAGGUUUUAAAAAUAGUAAAACAAAAAAACUGUCUGGACUUAAUCAGAUCUUAAAAAAAAACAAACAACAACAAAAUGCACUUGACAUGUAAAAAACCUAGAAUGUCUUUUUUUUAUAGGAAAUUUAGUAGGUUUGUAGCAGCAAUGCACUGCUUACCUGAAGCACUUUUUUAAAGACCCACUCUGAUUAAAAUUGUGCUUUUGGUAUUUUUAACAUGUUCUUGUGACAUAUUUCUUAUGAUGGAGGACAUUUUAAGAAA